AUGGCAUACCUGGACGGAAUUGACCUGCCCCCAUCGUCAAGCGAUGAAGGAGAGGUGGAGCUGCAGAAUGUGGAGGACGUUAUAGAACCAGCGCAGCCUGCACAGCAGCCAUUCCUCCGCUUCAAGUCUGCUCAAGUUCGCUGGCCACGCAUACGCUUUACCUACACCGUUUGUGAUGCGGAGGAAAUUCACAGCGAGUGCUUCUUGCCUGAUGAGAUUGCCUGUCAAGGACCUCCUCGGGAGGCGGAGAAGCAGCAGCGACUGGACAUUGCAGUGUUGCAUGUAGGGCUGGUUGUGCUGGCUUGGUACUGGAUGGCCUGCGGCCACAAGCGCGUGGUGGUCAGCGCUGGAUACCUCGAUCCCGAGCAGGUGGCUUGGUGGGAGUGGUUCUAUGCACAUUGCUUUGCUGAGUUUGCGGUUGUCAACAACUUCACUGAAGAGCAAAUCCGAGUGUCGGUUGAAGUCGAUUCGCCACCGAGAAGAUCUGUGCAUGUGAUGGAUGCAGCCCCAGCGCGUGUGCCAUGCGCACCCGGCGCUGCACGAGUGCUGUGUUUGUUGGGUGGGGGGAAAGACAGCCUUGUGGUGCACCAGAUGCUGCAGGAUGCUGGUGUGAUGCCAACUUGGCUCUAUGUGGGCGACGGGCAGCAAGAGUUCCAAGAGAGCUGGCGAUUGCAGGCUGUAGUGCAACGGUCUGGCUCAUCCGCAUUGGUAAUGUCACAUGAUUUCCAGAACGAGGCUUUGCUGAAGCUUCGCAAGUCAAAGAAGUUGCGGCCCUGCGGUCACCCGUGGGCCGCUCUCGUCGGCUUUGACGCCGUGCUGGUGGCCAUUUUGCACGGCUUUGAUUACAUCGCCGUCGGGAACGAGCGUUCAGCCAACUACGGCAAUGAUCUUCACGUGGGAUCUCUGGAGGUGAACCACCAAUUUGAUAAGAGCUUUGACUUUGAGUCCCGCAUGCACAUGUACAUCCGCCGACGCCUAGCGCCCGGAGUCUACUACUUCUCAGCCUUGAAGCACCUUUGGGAAGUGCAGAUUGCUUGGCUGUUCUGCCGGCGCUCAGGCACUUUUCUGGAUGCGUUCAUCAGCUGCAAUGAAAGCAACGGUCUGAAUGAGUGGUGCUGUGACUGUGAGAAAUGCUGCUUCGUUUUCGCGUUGCUUGCAGCCUGGGUGUCGCCAGGUGAUGUUGCCACGUAUUUUGGCAAGAACCUUUUUGAAAGCCCAAAGCUUCUCCACAACUUCCACAGCCUCCUGGGCAUAUCCCGAAAGAGAGCCGUGAAGCCCUUCGAGUGUGUCGGAACGCCAGAUGAAGUCAUGCUCAGUCUGUGGCUGGCACACGAAGCAUCAAGGUUCUCACCGGACGGCAUCCCUUUGGUGCUUGCGUCACUGCCCCUGGAUGAUGGAAAGCGGCAUCUGGGCCUUCUUUGUGAUUACAAUCCAGCGAACCUCCUCCCUGAGUGGCUGGCCCCCCAGAAAUCUCGAAGUUCCGUGCAGGAAGGCCUCGACGAUCAUGUUCAAGACAUGUCUGCGCUUGGACAGAAGUGGACAGCCUUCUGGAGCAAUGCUAUGUCAGACACCCUCGCCGCACUGAAGAUGGAUGAAGCUUAA